UUGGACGAUCAGUUGGUCGAUCAGUUGGUCGACCGGUUGGACGAUCAGUUGGUCGACCAGUUGGACGAUCCGUUGGUCGACCAGUUGGACGAUCAGUUGGACGAUCAGUUGGUCGACCAGUUGGACGAUCAGUUGGUCGACCAGUUGGACGAUCAGUUGGUCGAUCAGUUGGUCGACCAGUUGGUCGAUCAGUUGGUCGAUCAGUUGGUCGAUCAGUUAGACGAUCAGUUGCCCAGCCAGUUGCCCGACUAG